UCUUCUGUGAAAGUCACAGAAGCUGAUAAGAAAUCAAAAACACUUCUAUGGCAAAGUUGUAAUGAAAUUGACAAUCAAUGCUGUAUUACAAAAGCAAACAAAAUUGUUUUGUCACAUGCCAACAGACUGCCAAGCCAAUGUUCUGAGGUCAGACGAACCCAAGCCACAACUGGAUCUGGUGAAAGAUGCAUUCUGGGACUACUUUGUCAAGGCAACAAAAAUAGUUCUAGAUACUCUGAAAACCAUUGGAAACUCUGCGUUUGGACAGCAAGUGAAUGAAAAGAUCACAGAAGGUGCGGAAGUAGCCAGCCAAUACAGUGCCAUAGUGCAGGAUCAAGUUGUCGUCUUUAGCCAUGAGUUACAUAAAAAGCUUUCUGAACAUGUGGAACAGCUGUCAGAGAGCCUGCAGCCGGAUAUAAAUGAAGUGAGGGUCCAGCUGGAGCCCUUAGCAGAGAAGCUGAGUGCCAACAUUCAGCAGCAGAUGCAGAAGGUGAGGCAUGUGCUGGACCCCUACACAGAGCCCCUGGACACUAGGGACCUGGAGCGUGCCCUGAAACGGAUGCAUGUGAAGCUGAUACGCACCCUAUUUAUGAGUGUGGAUCAGCUGCUGUCCCACCUGCACUCCCAGCUGGGCCCCUCCACUAAGGAGCUGAAGAAGAAAGUGGAGGAGCGCGUGCGGGAGAUUGAACGCAGUGUGAGUCCCCUGAUCAAUCUUUUCCUAAGAGAGGUGAUGGGCAAUGCCCGGAUGCUUGAGAAGGCCCUGGCACCCUACAUAGUAGACCUGAAAGUGAGGCUGGACCUUUUUGCCCAGGACCUCAAAUCCCAGCUCACUGCUCUCUGGGAGUCUUCUGCCAAAAGUGCCUAAGUGCAGGAGGAACCACUCCCUGCUCCCCUUAUCGAUUCUAACUGCCUGAGUCUCUCUGGGAAUUCAAUAAGGCACCAUGAUCAUCUUUGCUUGAUGCUCAUUUCCAAUACCAGUCAGUAUAUGAGCACUCUUUCUUAGUUUUGCAGUACUAUUAACAACACUGAACAUCCAGAGCAGUUGCGAUGUGUACUUGUAUGUGUAAUUGGCUAUCUUAGCUCAAACAAAUUAAACAAGCAAUAUUACAAUGCAAUGCUCCCCAGUGUUUCCUAAAUUAUUUCAAGUAACUUGGCCCUGUGUUUUUUCAUUUUACCAUUUUAAGAGAAUGUUCACUUCAAGAAAAUCAAUGUACCUGCCAUCCCCUUAGUGACUUUUCCUAAACAUAU